AAAGGAGUUCUUGGUUAAAUUUCUCAGUCAUUUCGAUCAGAUUACUGGUUGUUGAAACGUAAAAAAAUAAAGAAGCAUUUGAACGAAAACAAAAAAAUGGGCUGCCGCAACUCCAGAGAACCUGCGGACCGCAUGGUGUUUACUUGGCCAAUGCCUUUUUCUGGAUUGGCCUGUCGUGAGACUGAGGAAAAGGAUCCUGUUAUUGAUUCCUGUAUGCACGAUAUAAUCUUGCACAAAGGGGAAGGUCAAACAUUUUUUGUAAACUACAGAGCUUUCCACGGACCAGCAACAAUCACACUGUGCCAUAAGGCAAAAGAAGGCACCUCAAACUGGCAAGAGUCUGGACUGAUGAGCAAUGGCACAUUUCAGUUUCGCCUCAAGAAGGCCGACUCGAGCAGCAUUGGGACCUACACAGUGGAAGUACUGGACCAAGGACGUGAUGAAACAGACUCCACGAACCCAGUGCGGGUCUCUUGGGACGUUGAUGUAGAGAAGUAGCAGCCCAAGAAUGAGGCAAGAGUCAGAUGACGUCACACCGAACCAUCCGAUUCAAGUCCAUUACUUCAAGACAUGCCAGCCAACACAUCCAGCCUCCUGAGUCCGACUACAUACUCCAAUUGCCACCUUCAUGUCACAAAUAAAACACAAUAAAACUAAUCCACUGGGGUCAGGAUUCAUUGCUUCACCACUAAUCUUACAAGACUUCUUCCGGAUUGGACACCUUACUUUGUUGUUUACUCUGACACAGUGAUCCUCAAAUUUCCAAUGGGAGACUUUGGAACGCUAGGUAACAGCUGACUUACCACGUAAAUUCCCAUUGAUUAGGUUGUUCUGAGCACGUGCACGCAACCAGGAACAUUGGAUUUACCUGGUCAGAAUGCUGCCACCUAGCGUCCUAAAAGUCUCCCGUUGGAUACAACCACACACACA